UUUACACGCGACAUUGUGCGCAUCGGAAACACAGUUUCCUCUACCGAUAAUUGAUGAAGAUGAUGAUGGACGCAUGAAGCUCGCUACACAAACUAUUCUUAGAACUCAGUUCUUCUUUCGAAAUUUUAUUUUCGAUUUAAUUAUCGAUCUCGGGCAAAGAAAUAUUUACGUUAGAGAUAGGCGAUGAUAGAUGUUUAGUUGGAAAUAAACAAUUUGCGAUGAGUGUGGUUAAACUACUAUUUUAUCUUCUCUCGUUCGAAAUUAGUGUUUGUCUGUCAAUUUCAAUUAAGUCUCGCUGUGAUUUAUCUGAAGUUUGCAAUGUAAUACACAAUAGAUACUGGCUACCAAACUUAAUUGAAAAGCAAUGUAUGUGUCCGGCCAAUACGAUAUGCCCUUCCACAUAUUCGAAACGGGAAAAACCAUUCACAAUGAGUAUCAAUUCACGGACACAAAUGCAGUUAUGUCGUCCAACAAACGCAUCACCAAUACAAAUGUGUCUGGACCAAGAACUAUCAGUACUCCAGAAACGGACAUCAAAACGAAUUGAAACGAAAAUUAUCUGCAGGUGCAGUCGAAGGAGUUUCCUCAAAUUUUACGCCAAAGUAACAAAUAGACGAGACAAGUCGAUCACUUUCAAGUACCGAUGCGUUGGAAUGCCACCGUGUCAUUCAGAUCAGCUAUGUGGAUAUGCUAGAAGUGACCUGGGAUUUGUUUAUCAAAGGUGUACGUGCCGAGAAGGCUACAACUGCGUGACAAAAAGCUCAGCCGAUACGUUGAACGGCAAAAUGCAUCAACUCUUUUACAACGGAACCGUUUAUCCAUCAUACUGUGUAUCAUAUUUGUAGAGAAAAAGAAAAUUUACCUGAGA